AUGACUAAGGAUCCAAAAGAGGAAAUAGCACAUGAGUUAAAUGAGCGGUUCCAUGUUACAUCAAAUAAGAGACAGAGGCCUGUCAUCGAGCCAGUCCACUCAGAGAAGGGUUUCAGUGAGGCCGGAGUGGAGCAGCGUGGACGGAAGCUACAGCUUUUAGUGGGUGUGGGCCCCCAGCAUCUGAGACUCCCACCUUCAUACCUCUAUGUACUUCUUCCUGGGAACCUCUCCUCCUUGGACAUCUGCUACACCACCACCUCCAUUCCCUCCACACUGGUGAGCUUCCUCUUGAAAAGAAAGAAGAUCUCCUUCUCUGGCCGUGCAUUGCAGAUGUUCCUUGGCUUGGCCAUGGGGACAACAGAGUGUGUGCUCCUGGGCAUGAUGGCCUUUGACCGGUAUGUGGCUAUCUGCAACCCCUGGAUCAUAGGAGUUGUCAACUCUGCAGUACAAACUGUGUUUGUGGUACAGUUGCCCUUCUGCAGGAAUAAUGUCAUCCAUCAUUUCUCCUGUGAAAUUCUGACUGUCAUGAAAUUGGCCUGUGCUGACAUCUUAGGCGAUGAGUUCAUCAUGUUUGUGGCUGCGAUAUUGUUCACAUUGGUGCCCCUGCUCUUGAUUGUCAUCUCUUACUCAUUAAUCAUUUCCAGCAUCCUGAAAAUCCACACUUCUGAGGGGAGAAGCAAAGCCUUCUCUACCUGCUCAGCUCAUCUGAUAAUAUUCUCUGGAACUAUUCUCUUCAUGUACAUGAAGCCCAAGUCUAAAGAGCCACUUAAUUCAGAUGUCUUGGAUGCUAUUGACAAACUUAUAUCCAUGUUCUAUGGGGUGAUGACUCCCAUGAUGAAUCCUUUAAUCAGUCUCAGAAACAAGGAUGUGAAGGAAGCAGUAACACAUUUAUCUAACAGAUGGUUCUUUAGCAAGUGA